CUACAUGCUAGUGGCUGCGGAGACAUUCUGAGCUGGCAGAUCUGGAAGAGAAUCAAAACCAGCCUUACUGGCCUUCCAGACCCAUCCUCCCAGAGGGAUGGCUGCUCAGCUGAUGACUGAGGAGGUGCUGGAGACAGUGACGUUCAGGGACGUGACUGUGGACUUCACCCAGGAGGAGUGGCAGCAGCUGCAGCCUGCCCAGAAGGAUCUGUACAGGGAUGUGAUGCUGGAGAACUACAGGACCCUGGUCUCACUGGACUGGGGGACUCAGCCUGAUGUGAAAGAGUCACACCCAAAGGAUGACAUUUCAGAACACCGACCAUCCUUCUGGGCAGCCAUGGGAGAACCAGCAAGGACUGGAGCCUGGGGUCCCACCUCAGGAGCAGCAUGGAGACAAGGCAGCUGGCUAGAGGAGCAGCACAGAGGUGCCAGGAUGGGAUGGGAGGGGCUGGGAAUUCCCCAGGUGAGCAAACUCCUUGGGGAGUCAGUCUCCGAGGGCCAAGAAUUGAAGAUGUUUGCCAACCAGAGCUCUACCCCAGUCCAGCCGAGGCCAGAUGAACCCACAGAAAAGGGGCCCUGUCCAUUUGCAAGGCCUGGGAAGAACCGCAGCGCUUCAGACCUCAGUAAGGCCCCAGCCCCCUGCAGGGAGAAGAAACCCUACGACUGCAGUGAGUGUGGCAAGGCCUUCAGCCGCAGCUCUUCCCUGAUCAAACACCAAAGGAUUCACACGGGAGAGAAGCCCUUCAAGUGUGACACCUGCGGGAAGCACUUCAUCGAGCGCUCGUCCCUCACCAUCCACCAACGGGUGCACACGGGCGAGAAGCCCUAUGCAUGCGGAGACUGUGGCAAGGCCUUCAGCCAGCGCAUGAAUCUCACAGUGCACCAGCGCACACACACGGGUGAGAAGCCCUAUGCUUGCGACAUUUGCGGGAAGGCCUUCCGGAAGACCUCGUCCCUCACGCAACAUGAGCGCGUCCACACAGGUGAGAAGCCCUACACGUGUGGGGACUGCGGCAAGGCCUUCAGCCAAAACAUGCACCUGAUCGUGCACCAGCGUACACACACCGGGGAGAAGCCCUAUGCGUGCCCCGAGUGUGGGCGGGCCUUCAGCCAGAACAUGCACCUGACCGAGCACCAGCGCACGCACACAGGGGAGAAGCCCUAUGCAUGCAGGGACUGCGGCAAGGCCUUCAACAAGAGCUCCUCCCUGACCCUACAUCAGCGCAACCACACGGGCGAGAAGCCAUAUGUGUGCGACGCAUGUGGCAAGGCCUUCAGCCAGAGUUCCUACCUCAUUCAGCACCAGCGCUUCCACAUCGGUGUGAAGCCCUUUGAGUGCAGCGCGUGUGGCAAAGCCUUUAGCAAGAACUCAGCACUCACACAGCACCGGCGCAUCCACACCGGUGAGAAGCCAUAUGAGUGCUAUGUGUGCAAGAAGCACUUCACAGGGCGCUCGUCACUCCUCGUGCACCAGAUCGUGCACACUGGGGAGAAGCCUUACACAUGCAGUGAGUGUGGCAAGGCCUUCGGCCAGAGCGCAUACCUAAUUGAGCAUCAGCGCAUCCACACCGGUGAGAAGCCCUACCGCUGCGGCCAGUGUGGCAAGGCCUUCAUCAAGAACUCUUCACUGACCGUGCACCAGCGCAUCCACACUGGCGAGAAGCCAUACCGCUGCGGCAAGUGCGGGAAGACCUUCAGCCGCAACACCAACCUGACGCGGCACCUGAGGAUCCACACCUGAGCGCCUCUGCAGGCAGGAUACGGCCAGGUCUCCCCAUGGAGUACAAGGCAGCUCAGGACAGAGGUGGCAUGGGAAUGUGGGGUUUAUAGAGAGGCUUCUGUAUCACACGUGCCCCCCUCCACCAAGCAGCAGAAUGACCCCCCAUCCCAGUGUCUCCUCUCCUUUGGGAUGUUUUCAAGUUCACUGUCAUCGAACCCAAGUCACUGGUCAGGGCUCAGGCCCAGCUCUCCAAGUAAGUUGUUCUAGGAACUGGGACUGUGGGGCUUGGUUUCCUCUGUGGUGAAGUGGGGGGCAGAGGUGCAGGAGGUAGACUCAGAUGGACACGUUUGUCAUUUGCCCGGGAGCCUAGAAAUAGUUUGUUACCAUCUGUGAGGGGUUUUUUUUGGGGGGGGGGAAUAAGGGUUAAGGGGUAUCCUGUCCUGUCCCAGUCUCCCAACACCAGGCUAGCAAGUGGUAGAAGUUUACAAGUUGUAUGUGAGGGGGAGAGAAGUUUUUUCAGUUAGCAAAUUACAAUAACUACUGCUUCAAAUGCCAAAGUUUCUUAAAGCUGUCUGUUACUUUUUAAAGUCUUUUAGGUGUGAAAGAUAUAGAUUCUAGUUGUUCAGUCAAAACUCAAUUCUACUACUGUGGGGGGAGGUGGGCAGGAAGGAAAACAAAGAAUAGGUUUGAUAUUCGGGUGUAAUACUGGUUUCCAUAAAUAGUCUGCCCUUUUAUAGUUACCUUUUUUGUUAAACGUGCAGGUAACUAUCUUUGUCCAUUACUG